UCUCGACCCCAUCUCAGUUGUUGUCCAUGCUGUGCCGUUUGACCGUAACUCAGGGAGACUUAAAGGUGGUGUACCUCCCCUUAUAUCUCAGAGCUUGGCCUGGUUCUUUUUUUUCUUUCCUAGCUCUUGUUCGCCACGUUACACAUCUACAUCUGUCCAAAUGACGACUGGAGUAUACAUUGUCCACGUUGGUGGCAGCGUUGACAAUCACACCUUCACCCCAAAUCGAACAGACACGGACCCGGAUGAUGCCAUAUCUAUCAUCUCCUUCGUCUUCGGAGCUGGUAAACAUGGCGUAGAGCGUUCCCAAUGGGACCGUCCUUGUGACAGCUGGCAAGAUUACAACCAGGGAUCAGGUUACUUUGCCUCUGGCUUCCAGCCCGUAUCAGAUGAGAACGAGCCUCUCAUCUGGAAUUAUACCCUAGACACCACAGAGCCCAUCCUGUUCCACUGUGCAGCACCUGGAUCAUGUGGUAAAUGGGGCAUGGUAGGGACCAUCAACCCAUCCGAACAAUACGACAUCAACGAACAGGCACAGAAAGCCAAAGAGCAAUACUCCGCCACCAUCUCCGGGGGCACAUCCCCUACCGCCAGCUCCACAAACACCUCUCAACCCACCCACCACGGCCUCUCCACCGGCGCCAUCGUAGGCAUAGCCGUCGGCAUCGCCAUCGCAACCCUCCUUCUCUCCGGCCUCGCCUUCUUCGUCUGGCGCCACAAGCGCCUCGCUCGCAAGUACGCUGCCCAGCAAGCCAAGGCCGAAGAGCGAGACGCAGCCAGACCGCCCCCCGUGCCCAUGUCUCCGGGAAUGGCGCCCAUGUCGCCGAAUCCGGCCACGCAGGAGCAUACGGGUUUCUACGCUGGUCUCGGGCAGAAGCAGGAGUAUCGCAGUGUGUAUGAGCAGGGCCCGCCGGGGUACGACUAUAAGUAUGGUGCGGUGGAGGGUGCGGGUGCGGGUGCUGCUGGGACUGGGACGGGGACGGGGACGGGGACUGGUGUGGCGCUUGGGCCGGAUGAUAUUGGGGCAAUGAGGGGGAUGAGCAUGAGUCCUAUGAAUGGAUAUGGUGGUGUCUCGCAGAUGGACACUGUGCAUAGUCGGUAUUCGGAGGUGCCGGGGAGUGAAGUUGCGAGGACCGGGGGGAGUACAGCUGUGGAGCUGGAUACAGAGAGGAGGUAGACCCGAUCAGACGAGACGAAUAGGGAGUGGGUUUCAGUUCAGAUGUUGGUGUUUGCUUGGUCCCUGGUGGUUUGGAGUGACACGGGGAGGGGGCCGAGAGAUGGCUGGCAAAGAGGUGAGGACUUGAUGCUCCGUCUUGGUGGCUGGCGUUUGUUGACAUCUGCAUUCUGUAGUCGGUGGACUGGGAGGCUGGAAUUGUUAUCGCACUAACCUCUCCGUAUUGUUAUGCAUGGGGUGGUCAUAUGGGUGCAUGGAGUUGUCGUCAUCAUUAUAGUCAAUGCAUCUACUCGAUGUA